CUCUUGGAGGUGAGCGGAUUACGAACUUGUUCCUAAAAGACGGCUUGACUGCAAGAAAACCCCAUUUUUGUUGGGACUACCCAGAGUUUUGAUAGCGGAGCGAGUUCGUUCUCGAGUUUCAAUACAAGGGUGUGGCCAGUUACGGGUGUAUUUUCACACGGUGUGUAACAACAUGGCAAUGCAGCCAUCAUCCGAACAGAAAAACGACCACCGCAUGGACGUUCUUGAAAAAAGAACGGACAUGAUCCAAAAAUACCUGGAAAGAAAGAAAGGAGGCAAAUUGGGUAAACGUUUAGAUGAUGAGGAUGGAGAUGAAAAUAAGGAGAGAGGAAACUGGAGUGGACGUUUCGAUUUCUUCCUUUCAUGUCUGGGAUAUGCUGUGGGUCUUGGAAAUGUUUGGCGUUUCCCCUAUCUGUGCUACAGGAAUGGAGGAGGUGCUUUCCUGAUCCCAUAUGUUAUUAUGUUGGCAAUCGUGGGAGUUCCAAUCUUCCUGUUAGAGUUGUCCCUCGGACAGUUUGCAAGUGCUGGACCUGUGACAUGCUGGAAAUAUGCACCACUCUUUACCGGUGUCGGAUAUGGAAUGUUCAUCGUAUCCGCUUUGGUCUCCAUCUACUACAACAUGAUCAUUGGCUGGGCUUGUUACUACUUGUUUGCAUCAUUCACCUCCGUGCUACCCUGGGACAAGUGUGGAUCCUGGAGUACAAACCUUUGCUUUGACAAAGUCCACAUCCUGAACGUAACAGCAGGUGAUACGUGUGCUUUGGCUGGUGCCAGAACCAAGAACGCGACUUGGUACAGCAACACAAACUGGGGAACUUGUCAUAAUGCUCAGCCAUUUGAAAAGUCCAAUGUAGUUGGCUUCAUCAACAAGACACUGGCUAAUGAGUUUGGCAUCAAGCGAGAACUGCCAUCACAGGAAUAUUUUGACUUCGUGGCCACUGGUUCAGGCUUCAGUGCAGGAAUACAGGAUUUGCAGGAGCCACGUUGGCAGAUGGUGCUGUGCUACCUGUUGGCCUUCAUCUUUGUCGUGUUGGCCCUCAGCAAGAGUAUCAAGACUUCUGGCAAGGUUGUGUAUUUCACUGCCACAUUCCCUUAUGUUGUUUUAAUCAUCCUCCUGAUCCGUGGUGUAAUGUUGGACAACUACUUGGAGGGAAUCAAGUUCUACAUCACUCCUGAUCUGGAAAGACUCAGGGACUCUGGGGUAUGGAAGGAUGCUGCUGUACAGAUCUUCUUCUCUCUGUCCGCUUCCUGGGGAGGUUUGAUUGCUCUGGCUAGUUACAACAAAUUCCACAACAAUUGUGUGAGGGACACAUUGACUGUUGCGUUUGGUAACUGUCUGACCAGUGUGUUUGCCGGAUUUGUGAUCUUCUCUUACUUGGGGUACUUAUCAGCGCUGAUCGAUGUACCUGUUAGUGAGGUGGCGAAGAGUGGACCAUCUCUGACCUUCGUAGUCUACCCCUUCGCUGUAACAACUCUGCCUGCUGCUCCAUUCUGGGCUAUCCUCUUCUUCAUGAUGUUGAUCACUCUCGGUGUGGACUCUGAGUUUGUGUUGGUGGAGACCGUGAUUACAUCUCUCUUGGACAGAUUCCCCAAACUGAGAAACUACAAGCUCCUGACUGUCAUUGGAGUAUCAUCUGUUUUCUUCCUCCUCGGUUUAACAAUGACAACAAAUGGUGGAAUCUACAUGCUGGAAGUGAUGGAUACGUACUCAGGAGGAUGGAACAUCCUUGUCAUCGCUAUCUGUGAAUGCAUUUCUAUCGGUUGGAUCUACGGAGUGCGACGAUUUAUGAAUGACAUUGAAUGCAUGAUUGGAAAGAGCUUUAUAUUCAUGGUGCUGAAGUACUGGUGGGCUUUGUGCUGGUGCUUGCUUACCCCACUUUUGUGUGCUGCCAUCAUCAUUUUCUCUUGGGUCGAUUACAAGAGCAUGGGAGCAGGCUCUAAUGGAGAUAAGUAUCCAGUGUUUGCAGAUGUCCUUGGAUGGCUGAUGACCCUACUGGUUAUCAUCUGUAUCAUUGGAACCGCCAUCUACCAGCUGGCUAUCACACCAGGAAGUUUUGCAGAGCGCUUCAGGAAGACCUGCUCUCCUUCUCCUGAGUGGGGUCCUGCUCUCGUGAAGCACAGGGAAGAAUGUGCUAAAUACACGGUGGCUGAGGGAUAUGAUCCUUCAUUUGUAGUGGAUCCAUGGAACAAUACUCCCUUGCCUGCAAAAUCGGAUCUUCCGAUGACCACAACGGGUGGUAAUCUCAAUGUAGGCUAUGUUCCAUGUCAGGACAUGCAGUACAAACCUAAUAUGACCCAGAAGGGAGGUUAUAACAAUGAUGGGUAUGAUGCAAGGCUGUAGGAGUCUCAUAAGGAAGAUGGAUCAACUACUCAAACAAGCACAUGACAGAAAUUAUCAACAAAUUUCUCCAUGUUUGUAAAAAAAGGUUGCAUAAUAUACUGUGUUCUAACACCAUCAAAGGCUAAACUCCAUGAAAGUGUAGGGAUUUCAGAAAUGGCUGUCAAGGUGAAAAUGUCAUCAGACCAUUGCUACAAUGAUAUUGUCAAUAUUGUCCCAAUUAUGACAGAAAUGAGUAGCUUAAGACAUUUUACCUAAUACUCCACUUGCAGCAACAUACAUUUUAAGAUACCCUUAACUUAGUGAUGGCAAUGAGUUUUACACGGAUUGCUCAAAGGAAUUUUCAUUGUAUUGUGGUUGUGUACAUGUAUACAUUCCAGAGCUGCCAUUGGUAGUGGAUAAGGUUUUGGAUCAAAGAUUUACGCUUUAUACAAGUCCCAACAUUGUGCCAACUUAUAUAUUCUGCAAAUGGUUAUAUGAUGGGAAGAGAUUUUAUUAACAUUUUGUGAUAUAUUUUAUAAUCUUUCAUAUAUAUCUAAAUUAGUCGCCGUCAUGCUUGUAAGAAACUAACAUAUUAUAAACAGACUGUCUCCUCACAAUUUGCCACCUCUUUGAAAAACAAAACAUUAAAAUUUUAUGUUUGCAGGAAGGUCUAGUUAAAUAAUCUUUUACAAAAAUAUUUGCAAUAUUUUAACAAUAUGAGAUCCAAUUUAUUUUAGAUUAAAGAUCAUUAAACAUUUUAACUUGUCAUGAAAUUCAA